ACUGCGGAAGUUAAAUUUUGUAAAUCCAUGAAAUCGUCAAAAUAAACCAAAAUAAAAGCAACACUUGACCCCUUUGAGUGGUGUGCUCAUUUAUUUAGAGAGUAUGGAAGGUCCAUGUCAAUAUCGGCACACGAAGAAAGCUCUAACAGAGCUGGAAGAUCUGCUUUUGUGCAAGAUUUGUCACAUGAUUCUCCGUGACCCCUGCACUCUCAAAUCAUGUCAGCAUAUUUUCUGCCGCGAUUGCGCUGAGGAAUACGCAGGGACUGUGUGCCCGGUCUGCAACUUUCCCUCCCACAUGAAGGACCUGGAAGUCAACCGCAACAUGAAGAACAUCAUCAAGCUUGCCAAGUAUCUCAACACGCUGCUGUACAAGGGAGACCAAGAUGCAAUGUCAGAAUCUGAAUCUGCGAGUAAUGCUUCUGCUCUGGACCAUGCUGGGAACGUGCAGCCCACCGAGGGCCCAGCUCGGGACAUACAGCAAGCUCCGGAUCCUGCAGGGGAGAUGGAGGACCCCGUCCAGGAAGACGAGGGGUCAGAUCACACUGAAGAUAUGGAGGUUGACUGCCAGGAUGAUGAUAUGGAGAGUAAGGAGGGCCCAGAGCCAGGACCAGAAACUGAGAGGACUCCUUCCAAGGCCGCGGAGCCCUCAUCCGUCUAUGAUUUCAUUGCGUCGCCCCAGGCUGCAAAUGACAAGAAAGGAAAGUCGGUUCGCAAGAAGAAAGGAAAAGCUGCUCCUUUGAACGAGGAUAGCAGUGGCAGGCAGACACUGGGGAGUAGCAGUGGCAGGCAGACACUGGGGAGUAGCAGUGGCAGGCAGACACUGGGGAGUAGCAGUGGCAGGCAGACACUGGGGAGUAGCAGUGGCAGGCAGACACUGGGGACUAGCAGUGGUUGGCAGACUGGGCGCAGCAGCCGCAGUAGGACCACCAAGGAGAAGAAGACGAAACGUCUGCAGGAUAUAAACAAGUCGUGGCGAGCUUUGUCCAAGUGUGACAGUUGUAUUGCUAAGAAAGGAGUGAAAAAGACUGUGCGUGUUGUUUUGCCGCUGAGCCAGGAGGAUGUGAGGAAGAAGGAGCAUUCGGAUGUCAAGGAUGAUGGGGAUAAUCUAGAGUGUGGGGACUGUGGUAUCCAGCAGGAGUUGGGGGAACUCACAGAUCAGCAGGAACCGAAGGAUUUGCCACCGAGUCACUAUGAUGAUGAUGUUGAUGGAAGAACUCGAAGAUGCGGUAAAGAGUACCGUCACCUGGAUGAGGCUGAGCCAUACGUGAGUUUGGAGAAGUUGGAUAAAUCAGAUUUGUUGCCGAGUGGUUUUACCAAGAUAAACCAACCUAUGCAUGAGAGUGUUGGAAGCCGUGAUGAUGAGCAGAGUGGCACAUCUGAAACACCUGUUACUGAACCAAGUGAUGAUAAGAUUGCCAAGGCCUUGUCAGGCAGGAUGGAGAAGACACCUGAAAACCGCAAAAAGAGGCUGCCACUGGAAUCCGAUCAUGUUGCAGCUACAAAAAAGAGUCACAAGUCGUUUGACGAAACUGCGAAUGCUGCAACUUGUACCAAGCUAGAAAGUACUUCAUCUGAUGUUUUGGCUGCUCCAGAAUCCAACCAGGAACGCACUGGACGUCAGAAGGAGGCAUCAAAUGUGGCCAAAUUCAUUUCCAAGGCUCCUGCAUCGACUGGGAAAUCCGGCCGAAAAUCUGCAGGAAAUGAAAGGAAAAGUUCAGCAGCUGAGAAAAGGGCUUGUCUAAAAAUAUCUCCCGACUGUUCUGCUGCUGUGGUAGAAAGUGUUUCACCUGAUUCCUUCACUACACCAGUCUCGAGCAAGAUAGGCAGACGAAGGUCAACUGGAGGUCAAAAGAAGUUAUCAAGUUUGAACAGUUUUGUUUGCGCAUCUGGUAAGGAGGAAACACGAAUGUCCACCAGCGGUGAGCAGAAGAUGUUAGAACCCACGACCCCUUCAACUGGUGGUGGUUUCCCCUGUUCCGCAUCAAGUGGGAAAACUCACCGGAAAUCUGCAGGGAGUGAUCAGGAUGUUGGUAUUGUGACGCCUGGUCGAAAGUCUUCCGCAAGGUUGUCCACGAGCAGUCCCGCCAGUCAGUUACAAAAGAAGAACGCUCGAGGUGAGACUCCGUUACACGUGGUUGCAAUUAAAGGUGACGUGGUGAAAGUCCGGGCGAUGCUGGUAGAGGGCGCUAAUCCAAACACGAAGGACAAUGCUGGAUGGACACCACUGCAUGAAGCGGCCAACCACGGAUUCACUGAGAUCGUCAAGGCAUUACUCGAUCAUGGCGCAUUCAUCAAUGCUCCAGCCAUGGACAAUGACUCUCCUCUUCUCGAUGCUGUACAGAAUAACAGGCUGGAGACUGUCAAGCUUCUUGUCUCGAGAGGAGCUGAUGUCAGUCAGAGGAACUCCUCCGGCCAGACUCCGAUGGAUUGCGCUCAGACUCGAGAGAUGAUGGAUGCCCUUAGUACCCCUGUGGACCAGGUGGAGGCGCCGGUUGUAUUGCCAUCGACCCCCACCGAGUUCACCAGACCAGAGCGGGUUGUCCUCCUCUGUACCGGCCUGAAGCGCCCAGAGCAGAUGAAGGUCCAGAAGUGUGCCAGCAUGCUUCAUGGAAGGAUAGUCACUGAAUUCUCACCUGAAGUGAGUCAUGUGAUAACCGGUGUGAACAGUGAAGGAAUGUGCGCACGAACACUCAAGUACCUGAACGCAGUCCUCCUGGGAAAAUGGAUCCUGAACUUUGAGUGGGUAGAGUCGUGCCUUCAGUUCAGUGACAGGGUGUGUGAGGAAGGAUUUGAAGUGCCCGGGUCCAGCACUCACCCUGAAUCCAACACACCUUGUAAGGGACGAGAGAAUGCUGAGAAACAACUGCCUCGUCUGUUCGAUGGAUGCAAAAUCUACUUCUCGGGAUCCUUUCGCGCGCCUACACCUGAAAAAAAGGAGCUAGUACAGUUGGCAAAGAGUGGGGGCGCCACUGUACUGAAUCGUGAACCAAAACUUGAAAAUGUUAUCCCAAAUGACAUAACUGUUCCUUAUCAUGCCAAAUCAGGCUCGUACCUGGCUGAUUGUUGUUACUUCAUCAUUCACGAUCCAAACGUUAAGAUUAAGAUGCAGCGUCACUUCCGUGUGUGUACAGCCCCCACAACUUGGUUCAUGGAAUGCAUCACUGGGUUUGAACUGCUUGAUCUGCCAGAAGGUAACGCAGACUGAACUUGUGAGCUGCACCAUCGCAGACAUCAUAUUGGAUUGAUGUUUGUGAUAUAUAAUGUGUACAAUAGCCAUUUUCUAACAAAUUAUAUUCUACAAUCUUAAAGCAUGUAUUGUUUCACUCACUACCAAUAUUAUUUUUCCUGUAGGCCAGAGUCCUCUAUUACAUGUAAAACAUGUGUACAUUAUGUGUACAUUGUUGUGCAUAAGUUUUGGUAAAAAAAGUACUCAUUGGACCAAUCAAUCUGCACAAAAUUUUAUAUGUGUCAAGAAGAACCCUUUGCCAAUAGCAUAAUAAAGUUUAAAAACAUUCCAAUACCGAUUGCCUGAGAAAAAAAGAUUUCCGUACACCAUAUCCAUCGAAACGUCACUGGCGCAUUGAUAUGGCCCUGUCAAAAUACAAGUUCUAAACUGACCAGUGAGACCACAGUCAUUUUCUUAAAUAUAUUAUCAAAAAGCAUAUUUCUGUGAUGGCCUGACUCUGUAGAUUAAGAAUCAACCACAGAUUGAGAAUUAAUUCCACUUUGGUCCAUCCCAGCCAUGUAUUUACCACAACUUGACAUUUUGAUAAGCUCUAUGUGACUGUGCCACACUUCCGGUCGUGGAUGAAUACAUGUCUC